CUCGGGCAUCUCGCCUCGCACCUCGCACCGCUCGCGCCGCCCCUCGCCGUCGCCCGUCGCCGGCGCCGGCCGCCCUUCCCCUGUCCGGCGCGGCGCGGCGCGAGGGCUGUGCCAGGAGAGGCCGCCCCAGCACAAGUAGUAGGAGGCCAACCUUGGGCUUGUUCGUACCUGCCGCAUCCACCAGGCCAACCAACCCCUCUCCCGGUCGCGCGGUCGCCGGGUCGUGCCGCGUCCACGCCGGCGCGCCGCCUCGCUGCUUCGGCCCCUCCACGCGCGGCGCCGGCGGCCCGCUCUAAGGUGUCUCGGCGCCUCCAGCCGAGUAGCCCUCCAGUCCAUGCGCCAGCGGCGCCGUCCGGAGCUCCAGACGAAGCCCGACGGACGAAGGUAACUCUUCCCCUCAUUCCCUGCCCUGCCCGUAGAUGGUUUAUGUUUAGGAUUCAGGAAUGAAUUAGGAAAUUAGGAUUUAAUUCAUAGUUGAUUUAGGAUUUAGGAUUUGUGAAGCUUUGUAGGCUUGUAGCAGAGUUAGUACUUAUCAGUGCACAUAUUUAGCAGAGUUAGCAUGGUUAUUGGUUAGCACUUAAACUAGAAGACCAUAAUAUUGUUUUGUAGCUGUUGCUAAGGAGAAUACUGAUUGUGCAUGGCUUUUUGGGCAACUUGCAUAUUUGUUGAAUGUCCUUGGGAUGUCUUGUACAUUCAUUGAAAGGGAUUUCUUCUUGCAAAACAUCAUCACUCAUUUUCAAAAUAUCAAGAAACGAAAAGUUCCUCUAAAUUGUAAGAUUUCUAACCGUUUUGCCAUUUUCUAUUCUCUAUAAAUUUAAUAUGUUUUGUCAAUUAAUAGUUUAGUACUGUACUCUAAUAUGUUUGACAAAAUCAAUUUAUGGUCAAUUAUAUGAAUAUAUAACUUUACGAAAUCAUACUUAUACCAUUAUAUAUUAUACAGCUAUUAGAUUUUGGGUUGUUUUUUUUUUAUCUCUUCUAAUUUUGAAUACACAAGUUAAAAAUCCUGGGCCCAUCCCUGGGCGCGUGUCGUGGUGCGGGCGCUGCUCAGCGUAGGCUGCGUCAAGGGCGGGCGCUGGGGGCAACGACUGGCGGCACCGCAUGCCAGGCAGGCAGCAGGCAGCAAGUGAGACCAUGGAACAAGAACGGAAAGGAGAAGUUUCCAUUGGCAUGUAUACUUACAAUCAUAAUUCUGACAGUGGGUUUGAUGUCCAUGAAAUCUAUGUUAAGAGGAGCAGAUUCUGGGUUCUGUUGUCAUACAUUGGCAUGGUUUUCCUUCUCGCAAGUGUCUGCCAACUGUAUCUGUCAAAGGAAGGCCUAUCCACUGGUUCAGUGUGGAGUAUUGCCUUUGGAAUCCUUGUUGCCAAAUGUUUGCAAUACAAACCUGUGAAGAAAGAGUCAGUGGUGAUAAUGCCAACUUUUGGGGUUCAGCUAGAAAUACAUUUUUGGAGUGGAAGAGUUCAUCGUCGUUUUGUGCCAAUUGGCAAGAUUCUGAAGCCAUUGCUGAAUGAGUGUGUGACGCCGGUGACCUGUUACUGGAGCUUGGCAUUGCUUCUGCGUGAUGAAGAGGAACUCAGGCUAGUUUUCCAGAAAUCCCACCCUCCUGUCAAAAUGUUGGUUCCUGUCUGGAAGGCUCUCUGCAAAUUCCUAAACUCUGGAUGCCAAACCAGUUCUGCAGUUUCUGAACCGAACCGUUCGGAAACAUGACCAAUUUUGUGCUCAAUAUAGUUUGAUUGCAAUAUUGAGAAAACCAGCUACAAUUCAGAUAGGAAUAGCUAGGUGCAUUUUAUUUGGAACUAUCUGGUGGGGGUUGUAGGACACGCUAAUGCAAGUGGCACAUCUUAUUGGAAGGAAAUACGUGGAGAAAUUUUCAAGCUGAUGCACUUCACUUCACUUAACAGUGUAACCAAUCAAUAGUUUACCCUAUUCAUGAUGUAAAUUAUGAUCUCAUUUGAUCAUUUCAUUAUACGAUGAUAAAGAGUAACAUUGUUCUGCUAUUACCAUUCAUGAUUUCUGUU